AUGUCCGUCGGUGUAACCGUGCACGAUGUUAUUGAUCUGCCGUCGCCAAUGGGAUCGAAUCCAUUGGCCGAUUUGGAAAAUGUCCGCAAGAUUGCCAAAGAAAAGCUACGCAUCCGUCGGUUGGUACAGGUUCGUCAACAGUCCAAACAGCUAGCAGCAAAAGUGCGCCAAAAUUAUCAACAGGCUAAAGAGAAAGAGUUCGCCAAAAUUGAACAAACAAAGCGUGAAGAGCUGAAGGCCUGGAAGCGGCAGCACAUUCGCACCCUGCAGGAUGAAUAUGCCCGGAACGUGUGUGAGGUUGGUGAGGCACACCGUGCAGCCGAAGCAGCCGAGGAAUGUGCCGUUUGGUUUGAGGAAAAGCGUGCCACACAGCAGGCGGUUGCGUUACAGCGUGGUAGAACGGCGGAAGCGAAUGCGGCUCGCGAGCGGGACCGUAAAGAGGCACAGAAAGAAGCGAAGAUAAGGAAAAAGCAGUACGUACCAUCGAAAUCGAUUGCCGUACAAGCAUCCAUCCCCGUCGUUGAACCACAGUCGGUGGAAGUCGUAGAUGCACGAAAGGAUCCAAUUAUGAUCGACGAGGGAUCUUCCACCGAUCCAACGCCUGGUCCCUAUGAACACUUUAGGUCGAGAAGGAAUCGAAUCAACUUUCCCACCACAGUGCCAGAAACCAUUUUGACCGACUCGGACGAUGAACAAUACUGCCCAGGUAAAGAGAAUGUCCCUGCAACCGGGAUUCACGAGUACAGUGCCACUGCAUUUACCUCACCGAGUGACUUUCGACCGAAUGUUGCAACAACACCACCACCACAAGUACCAAAGCCACAACCGCUACAACCGUUCACGCAGAUCACGGAACUGAUCCAGCAGAGACGCCGACAGCAACACUCACUGCAAGAUGAAACUCGACAACCGGCCGGUCCAUACCGCGAACCUUACGGCACACAAAAAAUGGUCCAGUUCGAUGAUAUGAGUGAUAAUACGCUUUCCUUUCCCACAAGCUCAGUUCUCACGCGUGACGAUCAUCCGUAUGUCCCGCUCGUAGUGAACGAAUCGCCACGAAAAGUUCCGCCUCGGAAGAUGGCCGAAAAACCAAGAACGUUUCCAACGGCACAACCGGAAAAGGUUGUCAAAAUGGAACCGAUCGGAAACGGUGGCGCAAGGCGCAAGAAAGUGGUCCCACCGGAAUCAAGCUCAUCCACCGUUUCGUACGCGGAUGGUGCGUGCAGUACGAAGGUGCAAUAUUAUGACUGUAACACAAAGUUCAGGAAGGAGUACGAUCAACCGGUUGGGUUUGUGCAACGUGAACAGUACCGAUCGGACGAUCCGACCGGGAUGGAGGAGGCGAAUCGCUACGAACAGCUGCAGCAGGAGCUUGCCAAGGCACGAAGCAAACCCACGGUGGACCGUACAAAACCAGCUCUAGAGAAACAACAAACGAGAAAAGAUUACGAAAAACUUUCGAAGGAGUUGGACAAUCUAACGCGAACGGAAAAUAAGCUGAAAAGUUUAGCAGUACCCCCGAAAAGCUUGCCUUCGGAAGCCACGCUCAAGCAGCAAGCAGUAACGCGCCAACGAAAGGCUAACGAAGCGAUAGAAAGCUUACUUCGCCAGCGAUCGCUCGUAACGUGUCCGGUUGUACAAAUGCCAACCGAGCAGCGCCUUAAUCCACCGAUCGCCGUUCGUCCUUCGGUAGUAAAUGUGGCCGAAAUGAAAGUACAAAAGCAGCCCGACGGGAAGGAUGUUUCCUCCGAUAGUUGCGCCUCGAUCGUGCUGGACACGUUCGAACGUCCGGGCAUUCCAAUACCACCUUCGGAAGCAAUGAGUGGAGGGAUUGAUAAAAUAGCAAAAUUAAAGGAACUGUUGGACCAAAUCAACGAGCAGCGUCGAUUGCUAAAGGAAGAAAUCGCACGCGAAAAAGCGGAACAAGCGGCUAAACCAACGACCGAUGCGAAGGCUAGUACGAACGCUGCCACCAAGCUGGAAAUUGAGCGCCUUGAGCGUAUGAAACGACGGCAAGAAGAAUUGCUCGAACAGCAGCAACUGCUGCAGAAGCGUGAACGAGAGGUAGAAGAAUUAGGACGCCAACUGGAGGAGAAAAUGGCCGUGCUGCAUAGAAAGCAACAAAAGCAGCAGCAGAAAGAUGCGAAAAAACCUCCUAAACCUAAGGUGCAUGUUGCGACAAAGGGUCAAAAAGGGACGAUCGAUGUGGACGUUGUUCAACCAUCGUCCGUUGGGAGCAGUAUUAGCGAAACGAGUAAGGAUUCGUACGAAUCCGUUGAUAAGCAAUCGGAUGAUACACCACCGGUAAAGAUUAUCAUCACGGUAAACGAUAAGGGAACACCAGCGAAAAAGAAACAUAAGAAAAAGACCACUCAGGAGAAGUUAAAGUCGGACAAUUUAGUUGAAAAAGCACAAGACGCGGUGGCACCGGAACCAAUGCAGACCGAGAUUAUAAAGCCACUGGCAAGUCGGAAAGAAGCGCUCAAGAAGAAGGUGAUAGAGUUCUCGCCGGGAAGUUCCUCCACAACGUCAACCGUCUAUCGACCGUUGCCACCAAAGAUUGGCAGAUUGAAAAUUCUACAGCGAGAAGUACCAGUAGGAAGUGAACCCUGCAAACCGAUCGCUCCCGAAGAGUGCCCUCCAAAGGGAACUUCUGGACAGAAGUAUAACUUACAAAAGAGUGGCGACAAAGGCGCAAAGUUAGAUCUACCGUCCGGUGCAACGAAUCUGAACCCAAAUCUGCUCAAGUACAUUGUCCGCUUGCUCGGUAUGUCCCGGCAAUCGAUCGAUCAGCUUGGCGUAAGCUCUACAAGCGUGUCAACACCUAACGCAUCGGUUGUGAACGUUAGCAGCAAUAAUGUUGGUAGACAGCCAACGGUUCAACAACCUGGUCCGCUUGCACCGAACGAGGAGGAAAGUGAGCGCAUCAAUCGGUUAAGAAAGUUUAUCGAUGAAAACUACAACUUUCUGGAGGAAAUCGAUGAAACGCUACGACGCUCAUCAUCGGAACAGACAACGUUGGGUAGUGGUAGCGAUCGGAGUGGCAUGUCGAUGGAUGCUGAAGUAAGCCGUGUGGAAGGCAUAUGGAUGGAAACAUUGCGACGAAGAGAACGGACGAUGAAACGGCAGCAACGGAAGGUUCCUGAGGGAAUGGAGGAUGGGCAACGUUCGAAGGAAAAAUCUUCUAAAAAGAAGGAUGAUAAAACGCCAUCCGUUCAACAGACGGAACCAACUGCUGCACCGAUUGAACCAGCACCACAACCACAACCAAUAAUGGUACAAGCAGCAACUGCACCAACGGUUAAGGAAGGCUCGCUAAAAUCCAUCUUAAAAUCUCCCAAACGGGACACAGCCGCAAAGGUGGCAAAAAUCAUUACACCCCAGGGUCACGUCGAGGUGAUCAAUCUGAGCGAUCGUGAGGAGCAAGAAAUUCUUGAACGCUACUCCCAACUCACGGAACGAUGCAGCCAACGCAUUACGGAACUGUCCCAGAUGAUUCAUCAGGUGCGCGAAGAAAAGCGUCGUCUGGUCGAGGAUAGUCUCUCGUCCUUGGAGCAGCAAGAGUCGACAAAAUAUAUGGAUUUGCCACCGGUGCUUAAUCGUACGGCGGCAAUCACUGCCACACAACCACCCAAUGUUGUAGCUUCAUCAUCUUCAGCAUCACCACCGCAAGCGGCGGGACCAUCCGCGACCAGCGUCGUCGUUCCAGCACCGAUCGGUGAAGAUCCAGUAAGUGAGGAGAUUGACAACAUUUUCUCCUCCAAACAGAUUGGGCUUAGUAAAGACAGCGGUAUUGCAAUGUCCCGGCCACUUACGGCGUCCGAUAUUCGGGAAAGUCCUUCCGAAGAGGGUAGUCAUGGGAAGGAACCACUUCCAUUUGAACCAUUCCUUAAAGAUAUUCCGAAACCACCGUUUGCGGCUUCUACCGGUGUUAAUCCGCAAGUAGAGGUAGGUGGAGCAGGUUUAAAAGCAUCUCAACGCCGUAGCACACCACCAGUUGCGAUUGCACGCUUUAGUCCACAGCUACCGGAUGAGCUUCCGAUGCAUGAACUAUCGACGAUUCCGGAGGUGGAAACACCGGCGCCUGCUGUAGCUACCAGCAAAGGGAACGACCUUUCCGCGGUGUCUGUUACGGCGGGAGAUGUCUCAAACACUGCCGAAGUGCUUGCCGAAGCGAGAAAUAGAUUACUUUUAAACGAACCAUCGAUCCCCGACAUUGGUUACGAUCGAUUUCCCAACUAUGAAGAGUACGUGAGGAGUACAACAACUGGCACGGGAACCGGAUCCUUUGUACGUGUAGAGUUAGAACAAACGAUUGAACGAAAUGAAAAAUCGACCUUGAUAGGGCUAGAUGUAACGGAGGAUCGCGAACCGGACAGGUUAGCGUACAGGAAAUAUCCGGACCCAGCACCAGCCUUUGAUAUAACGGAAGAAGGCGCGGCAACGCCACAACAACCAUCAGCUACAUCGUCUACAAUGGGAAUCCCUAUCAAUAAAUCCGGUUCCGACACAUCACUCCCCGAUGUGGUGGCCGAGCUGCGUAAGAGGAACAUCAUUGUGAAACCGUUCAAUAAUUCGUUGGAUAACUCGAACCGUUCGACACCGCUGUCGGACACGCAAGAUGCUACGCCAGCCCAGGUCCAGCAGCAGCAGCAGCAGCAGCAGGCUCGUCGUCAUCCAAACGAGCUGCAACCUUUGCCAGAUUCGUUGCUACGGUGGGCUUCGUCGAUGUUCAAACGUAGUUCCCAGCUUGAACAACACUCGAGUGGUUCCUCACCCAACUCACUCGAUGGGCAAGCCAUCGGUCCAAACGAUGAAACUGUCGCGAAUGAUACCGACGAGGGCUUGGGUAAGCCACUGGAUUUGAACGAGUUUGUAAUGCGCCAACUGAUGGUGCGCACACAAUCCGAUCUACAGUCGAACACGUCGCUUUCUUCCAGUUCGCACGGUUCGCACAGUAGCACACUAUUACGUUCACUGCUGAACAUAAGCCGGUUGGACAGUAGUAAUUCCAAAGCGAGUCCACUACGCGAUUUGCUGAUGCAUACGCCUACGGAUGGGAAAAGUAUACAGCGAACGUCUACACCGGUUGCCGUCAGUAAAUCGACCGCUAGUGGGAACAGUUUAAGGCUGGGAGGCAAUGGUAAUACCGAUCCGUCCGUUACUAACAAUCGUACCGAGACCGAGGGACUGUUUUCGGGUGAAUCGCGACUAUCGUCCGUACAUUGGAGUUCAUCGUCGGGAAACUCGUCGGAUAGGCAGGAACCUCCACAGCAACAGCGGCUAACCGUGCCUGAUGUUCGAUUGGAACGACAGACGUCCGUGUCGAAUCGGGAUAGCAAGUAG